ACCACCUACGCAUCUACCAGUCUUUCUUUGCACCGCAUCGUUGUUUUUGUUCCUCUCUCUCUACUGUUCUUUACAUGGCAUUUUGCUAGGGUUCCCAAUUCUUCACAAAAAUUGCAAUUGGAACCAAAAAAAAUUUGCUAUUCUCACGGGGGGGGUGGUAGGAGGGUUAUCUGUGCCCCCGACAAUUCUUGGGAUGACGUAUUACGAGGAAGAUGGUGUUGAGGUUGUGCCGGAACUGAGCCUGAGAAUUGGGGGCGAAGAUAACAAUGGGGUUGGGGGAUACGUGAAAUUGAGUGAAGGUCCGAGCGAUUGUGAGGAGGAGCAGGCGAUUGGUGUGGUUGCGGAGCCUACGUCUCCGAGAACAGAAGGGUGUUUGUGGAAGUGGUUCAAGUUGGUUGUGCUUUGUAUCUUCUUGGCGUUGUUGGCUGCGGUUUUUAUCAAAUGGGUCGGUCCGUUUUUCAUGGAUAAGGAGAUUAUUCCUAUUCUAAAUUGGGAAACAUCAACAUUCAGUACUCCUGUUCUGGCGGUUCUGGUUUUUGCUUCUUUGGCAUUAUUUCCCACCCUACUUUUUCCAUCUUCGCCAUCAAUGUGGGUUGCAGGGAUGACCUUUGGUUAUGGCUAUGGAUUUUUGUUAAUCUUUUCUGGGAUGGCUGUUGGUGUAUCACUUCCAUAUUUCGUUGGCUCUCUUUUCUAUCAUAAAAUUCAGGGGUGGUUAGAAAAGUAUCCGAAGAGAGCUUCUAUUCUAAGAGCAGCUGGUGAAGGAAAUUGGUUCCAUCAGUUUCGAGCUGUGGCAUUAAUCAGGAUUUCUCCAUUCCCUUAUAUCAUAUAUAACUACUGUGCUGUGGCGACCAAUGUGAAGUAUGGUCCUUACAUCAUGGGAUCUUUGGUGGGGAUUGUGCCAGAAAUUUUUGUUGCAAUCUACACUGGGUUGUUCAUAAAGACUUUGGCAGACGAGCGACACUCCCUUUCAGCCCCACAGAUUGUCUUCAACAUUGUGGGCUUCUCUGCGACUGUGGCUACCACUAUUUUGUUCACAAUGUAUGCAAAGAGGCAGCUCAAGGUAUUGCAAAAUGAAGACGAGCUAUUAUUGCAGUAAGCUUCUGGUUCUACUUUGGGGGAACACCAGCUUCUGGGAGUUAGCUCUGGGUUGCAUGUGAAACAUGGUGCAUGACUGGAUGAGGUUUUAUUUAUUUAAACGGCUUCAUCCAUAAGAUAAAAUGGUGCUGCUAUGUAAGCACUCUGGUAGGUGGCGACAGAGAGGAAGCCAAGACAAACACGUCUAACACAACUGACAUAUAUAUGUUAACACCAUCAUUUUUUUGCUUAAAAAAUUGUGUUCUCUCUCUCAAGAUCUCUCAUUUGUAAAUGAUUUAAUAGUCUGCUUCAAAAGCAGUGAUUGGACUUAGGCAAGAUUCUUGACUGUAAAAAUUGAAUGUAAACAGUAUUUGGAUUAUUGCAGUAAGAUUCUUGACUGUAAACAUUUACGUAGCAUGUAUAUAAUGCUCUAUAGAAGUUGUUGGUGUUAUUUAUUUA